AUGAGCAAUAAUCAAUACAAUAAUAAAAAGUUGGCUCCAUUUAGAAGAUAGAGAGAUGUUCUAAAAGAAGAAUUAAAAAGACUAUAAUAGGAGUAGACAGAAGAGGAAAAAUUAAACGACUACUAUUUUGACGAAAUAGGUCGUGUUGAAAAAGAAUAUGAAUUUUUAAUCAAAUCUAUUGAAAAAUAUAGCAAAUAAAAUCAGUCAUUAAAAACCAUAUGCCAAACUGAACAAAACCAAGGUUUGGAUGAAACAAUAGAAAAAAAUGUGAUUGAUACCUUAAACCUAUUUCUUCUCAGCACUAGCAAAAAGGAGUAUUUAGAAAGCAUUUAAGAACAAGAAAUAUCCAAGAAACAGUUAUAAGUUGGAAAUCUAAUGAUGACCUAAAAUUAGAAAAUUGAAGACAAAGACAAAGAAUAGGAAAAAGAAAAUGUUAUUCUAGACAAUGGAUACUAUCUAAAAUUGAAAUAGGGCUAUAGCUAAUUAAUAAUUAAAGUACCAGGAUCAAUAAGGACAUUCAAAGAGUUAAAACAAAUAGUAAAAUCAUGUUGUAUGGCAGAGGAAUAGGAGAUAUUUUAUACAGAUCUUAUGGGAAAUGUGCUUCAACCUGAAAUGAAUGUGUUGGAUCAACUAUAUCCACCAAUUUAUGAGCUGCUUAAAAACUAUCAACCUGUUGUUUGCAUACAAAUAAUUAAAUAAAAAAAAGUAAAAGAAGAUACUAAAUAAACAGAAGCAGAUUUUGCAUUUGAAGGAGGUAUCUAAGAAUUGAUGACUAAAUAACUUAGAUCAAUUAGGAGAAUUGAAAAAUCUAUUAAUUGGUCUAAAUAUAUGGAUUAUUUAACUAGUUUCAAGUAUGUAUUAGAAUCUAUAUUGUUUUUAUCCCUCUUAAUUCUCUAUGCUAUUGUAGAAAUCAACGAAAUAGACUUCUUUACUAACUCUCAACUUUUAAUGAACUUGAACCUUGAUAUGGCCAUCCAAAAAUCUUAUUAAUCUCCAAUAACUAACAUAUCCUAAAUUAUAUCUUUAACUAUUCCCAAUGGGUCGAACCAUGGUUUGAGUCCAACGUAUCCUCUUCAAUCUGGACUGCUCGUUUAAACUCUUGUUGGUAUAGAUGACAUUAACAAUUGUGACAUAUUAAAUUAAAACCAAAAGUAAAUCUAUGUUGAUAAAAAUUAAUCAUGUUUGAUGUUUGACAUAACAUAAACCAGUGAUUUAAAUGACAAUUACUCCAAAUUAGGUUUUGACCCAAAGGUAUACAAUGAAUAAUUUGGAGGCUACGUUUGGGAGUUCAAUAUGAGUACAAGGUAAUCUUUUUAAGAAAGUUAUGAUCUCAUGAUGUCUGAAAAUUGGUUUCAGUUCAAUGUAAAACAAACUCAAUUCCUUUUGAAUUAUUAUAACAGUCCAACUUAGAGAGUCAUUUCGGUCACUAUCACUACUCUGUAUCUUUUCAAUGAUCGACUCUUAAAUUAUAAUAGUUUUUAAGCAGAAGGCUUUAAUAUAAGUGAACUUCCAGAACAAGUCCUAGUUAGCAAAGACAUAAUAUUUUUUUGUUCUAUUGUCCUCUUAAUCUCCUCGUUUUUUGACUUCUUUGGAUUGUAUUUUGAAGGGACUAAAAAUAAUUUAAUUGUGAUUUACUUACAAUAUUUAGAAUUGUUAAAUAGGAAGAAAAAGAUAGAGGCUAAGAGAAAAAUGAUCAGUGAAAGUGAUUAGAAAAAUAUAUAGUAAAAAGAAUUGAUCGUAGGAGAAUAUGUAAUAAUUAACUUAAAGGUUAUUUAUAUUACAAUUAGAAUUCCUCUAGUUUUUGAUUAUAUUUACAUCUUAUGCCAAUUUGGAAUGGUUAUGAAGAACACUGUCGACUCUUACUAUGAGGAGGCUUUAAAGGAAAUAGUUUUGAAUUCGGAUUAAUAUUAAGAUACAAAUGCUUUAAUUCAACCCUUAUUUGUGGGUAGAGUAUAUUCAGCUAUUUUGGUGAUAUUCUUAAUGAUUUCUAUAGUGAGAUUUAUGGGAAACUGGAGUCCAUAUCUUAAGUGUUAUGGAUUGGUUAUGAUUAGGUUUAACAAAGAGUCUUGGUUCUUGCUACUGGUUUUAAUUUAUAUAAUCAGUGUUUGUGCUAUGUCAUGGAUUGUAACUAUUCAAGGCAAACUAGUAAAUCAUGAUAAUUUCUUCUAUACUUUCUUGGGAUUGCUUAGGUGUACACUAAGGUUUGGAUUAGAUAAUGAUCUUGAGCAAUAAGGGUUUUAUAAUACAUAUGCCAAAGAUGUUAUCUAUUCUUUUGAAACCAAAUACUUGCAAUAUAUUAUAAUAAUAACCAUCACAAUGAUAAUGAUUCCGAUAUUCAUUUCUCUAAUGACUGACUUAGUUCAAAAUACAAAAGUAGAAGCAAAACAGAAGAUGAUGGAAAUGAAAAAGCAGAAUUAAGAUUGA